ACAAGAUUAAAGUGUGGAUUUUUUUUUCUUCACUUGUGGGGGUGUGGAGCUACUACCACACGGUUGGACAAAGGCAAGCACGCGCCGCAGAUGGACCCCCCCCCCUCCCGAGCUGUCAGUCAAGUUUAAAGCAGCUAUAAAAGACAGGGGUCUACACCAGGCGGACCUGUUGAUCUCCAACAGCAGGCUUGGCGCCCCAGCGACAACAAAAUACACAGCAACAAUGCGUGCUUUCUGAAGAUUUACGCGCGCUGAUGGAAGUGUGAAGGCGGUGCGCGUGGCUGCCGCUCGGAGGCUCGUGCGCCUUUACGAGAAGCGCGCAUCUCAGAGACGCGCGAAUCCUGCAGGAAGCUCCCCUCAAACGCUCUUCAGGUUGACAACACCCUGCCUGGAUGGAGUGUACAGCCAGCGGUUGGGGGUCUGAGCUCAACACCCUGUGUGCUAUGCAUGACGGUGGCGGGAACGACUCUGGCCCUGCAUUUGAGGUAGAACUGCAGAACAGCUCCUCGAAGCGCAGCGCUCAGUUUGUGGGAGUGGAGCUGCUGCAGUCUUUCAAGCUGCUCAUCAUCCCCUCCUACACUGUCGUGGCUCUGGUGGGAAUCUUUGGCAACUACCUGCUCCUGUAUGUCAUCUGCCGUUCCCGCAAGAUGCACAACGUCACCAACUUCUUCAUUGGAAACUUGGCUUUCUCCGACAUGCUGAUGUGCGCCACGUGGGUCCCCUUCACUCUGGCCUAUGCCUUUAACCCCCACGGUUGGGUCUUUGGCCGUUUCAUGUGUUACCUGGUGUACCUCAUUCAGCCAGUGACAGUGUAUGUGUCAGUAUUCACCCUUACUGCCAUCGGCGUGGACAGAUACUAUGCCACCGUGCAUCCAUUGAAGAAGCGCAUCUCGGUGUUGGCGUGCACCUACCUUCUGUCUGGGAUCUGGCUGCUGUCCUGUGGCCUGGUGGCUCCUGCUGUGGCCCACACCUACCAUGUGGAGUUUAAAAAUGAAGGCUUCACCAUCUGCGAAGAGUUCUGGAUGGGCCAGGAAAGAGAGCGUUUGGCUUAUGCCUACAGCACUCUUCUGAUCACCUACGUCCUUCCCCUAUCAACCCUCUGCAUCUCCUACCUGUGCAUCUCGGUCAAACUGCGGAGCUGUGUCGUACCUGGCCACCACACCCAGAGCCAGGCGGAGGCGCAGCGCAUGCGCAAGCGGAAGACAUUCCGCCUGGUGAGCCUGGUGGUGGCCGCGUUCGGUGUCUGCUGGAUGCCCAUCAGCGUCUUCAAUGUCCUGCGUGACAUUGACAUCGAUUUGAUCGACAAGCGCUACUUCCUGCUCAUCCAGCUGCUGUGUCACCUGUGCGCCAUGAGCUCGUCCUGCUGUAACCCUUUCCUCUACGCCUGGCUUCACGACCGCUUCCGGGCAGAGCUGCGCAAGAUGUUCACGUGCCGUCGCCGCAUUGGCAUCUCAGCUAACAACUGUGCCACAGCCAGUGUGGUGCUGUGAACAGUUCUUAGGAUGAAGUGCUUUCAUCUCCUUUGUAGUGGUUUUCCAAUCACACUGAGGUGUAAUAAGAAUAAUGGUCAUCCGUUUAUCACUCAGUCAUUUGAGUUACUGUGUGUCAAGCAUUCACCAGUUGUUGACCACAAGGGCUGCUCUGUGAAAACUCUGCACAAGCUCACUAUUCCUAAAAUAGGUUGUUUUUCCCACUAUCACAGUGUAUCUGUCAAACCGUGGAGUUUGCAUUGCUAACACUCAACCCAUUCGACGACAGCCUGACUGACUCAGAAACAGGAGAAGGUGAGGAGCAGCCGCAGCUGACAUAAGCAGACACCAGAUGUUCUCAGAACAUCCUCAGCACUUUUCCCCAGCCUGCCAAAAGGUACAAAAUACAGAAGUCCGCUGUAGCUCCGGAUGGAGAAUUUUUCACAUUACACCGUCACAAAAUGGACCAUAUUUUAUCGUAAACAGACGAUUGAUCAGGCAGCACAGACACAUGUGGGAGUUUCUCCAAGACACAUUUUAGGGGACAAAGCCCUUGCUGAAAAGUGAUCGCCUCCUACUCAGUUUUCUGCUGCCUGAUGGCAAGAGUUCAAGGUGUUGGCCCUGCGAGAUGCGUUACAGCUCUGUGGUUCAGCUCCAAACAGUCCAGGAUGAGGUGGUUGAUCUUGGAUGAGACUGUUGGGAUUUUUACAAGUGUGUUUCGACUGGUGGAUGGAAAGCAUGGUGUAAACACAGUGUGGAGAAUUUUACUAUUAAAUAAUCAAAACAGAAAGAAUGGAGCAACAGAAAGAGCACAGUGUUUAGUGGAGGAUGGAUCUUUGCUGAGAGCAUUUUUGAAUGUCAGUGAUUGUUAAUCAAAUCAUAACGUCUGACUCGAUAGUAUUUGAAACGGUUAACCUGAUGAAGUGCUCUGUUGUGGAUGGAGAUAGGCACCAGGCCAGGGGGUGGCGAGCCUGCAAAGUCUUUUAUCCCCAUACAGUUCCAAGAAUUUGUCAAAACACAGCUGGGUCAAAUGACGUACGAAAAGGUCGAAACCGCUUGUGCCACCAAGCAAUGCAAGGAUCGCAGAUUUAUCUCAGUAUGCUGUAGUUGUAGGAGAGCUGAUGAAGUCAAUGGUGGGAUGAGUGAAUAGAAAAAGGCAGAGGACACCUAACUUACAUGUGUAAAUGUUUGCUAAAAUGAGGCCAUGUCAUUGUGCAGAAAUUAUAUUUUAAAGUUAGGGAAAUGUACUUACAUUGCAAACUCAAUGUUCUAAAGCAAAUGACAAAAAUGAGAGAAGCUGCAACCGUAUUUACUACUGUCAAAUAACACAUCGGAGUCUUUUUAGAACAGGCCAUGCCUAUUUUGCCUUUAAUCUGCUUCCGUUUACUUGUGCUCUUAAUUCAAAUGUGGCCAAAGUGUUUUGUUUACAUGCUCAAAUACAUCAUUUUUUUAACAUUUGUAUAGAUAGACCUUUGUUGAGAUUUUGUCAGUUUGUCAGUAUAAGUAUAUGCAGUGGGAGUGAGCAUUAGUCUGGAUUUCUGCACUUUUCUAACAAAGGGCAGGAACAUCGACAGGAUCAAAGUGUCAACGGCAGGUCCAACAGAAAACUGAUAAUGAAUACGACAAAGAUGGAUAUACAUUUUUUUUUAUAUUUCAAUUGCAACAACUAAUGUAACCAAAUGUUUGCAUACGUGGAAGAAUCAUCAGGAAAGAAACUAUUUUUGUAAACAUGAGUCUUAUUGUGAACCUUUAAUCAACACUUGUGUGUGGACAAAACUGACCAAGAUUUCACCUGUGACCACAUUUAUGCUAUUAGUAGAUAGAUGCUUACCACAGGGGGCCAUUAGAGCUCAUUAUUUUUCCCUACAUUUCAAGAUCGUUUUAAAAUGGCAAAGAUGACAAAACAACUGUUUGAUUUUAAAGGUUUUCCGCUCCCCGUGGAGCAGAAAAGGCAUUUUUUUCCACUUGUUUUAAGAAGUCAUGCUCUGACUUUAAAAAAUCACAUAAAAAUCCCAACAUGGCAGAUAAAGAUUUAUGUUUUGAGUUUGUGAUGCAUUUUCCAAAAGGCUUGCCUCUUGUGAAUAAAUUGAUUUAAUGUUGAUAUUUUUAAUUGUCUUUCAUACCAGUUGAUUAGAAAAUUUGAUGUGGAUUUUCUUGAAUGUAGUGAGUGAUGGAAAAUAAACUGCAUCCUUAUAGUUUUAAUAGUUGAAAUUUCUAAAUAAAUUAAAGUACUAAACAUGAAAUCAUAUCCUGAUUACAAAGUCAUAACGAUUGUAAUUUUUAGCUUUUUAAAAGACUAAGUUGCAGUCAAUUCCAAAAAACCUUCUUUGCCUUCCUUCUUGUUUGAAAAAUUAAACUCUGUACAGUAAAGGCUGCAAUGCAUGUUUCCAUGACGACCUCUACAUAUCUCCGAUGCAGGUAUUGUGUGACAAACUGUUUUAUCUGAUCCUCUAUCGAUGCGACAGCUGGUCACUGAAAAUGAAGCCAGCCCUUAAUGAAGAAAAUGAAUCGUUAAAUGAGGCAAUUUGAAUUUAAUAUUAAUUUUGAGUUUCAUGAAGAAGAAGAAAAAACACUUUAUUGAACAAGCAGUGAUUUUCAAUGCAGUCCAUCUGGUGUCAUAUUUAGUGUGUUUAUUUAAAAUAAAAACAAACCAAUUAUACAUUUCAUUAACAUGCAUCAUCUGUAGGUGAUCAAGCUGGACAUUAUUUCAACUUUCACUCCAGUAAAAGAUGAGGCCACACAUUUUUAAUCAAAGGUUUCUAACACCAAAACACAAGGCUGCUUAAAGGCACGGUUGCACAGAGGAAUAUUGCUGUACUUUUAGUAAGGCAUUAGUGUUAUUUAGACAAAAAGCAGCAUAAAACACUUCUGACUAAAUAUCAUUAAUCUUUCUAUCCUAUUAUGUACAUACACAAUUAUGUAAAUGCAUUACAUUUAAGUGAUUAAAAUCUUAAAUGCAUCUUAAAAACAUUGCAUCAUGCAGAAAUGCUUCAUCAUUUUAUUCUUAACUGAUGGGAUGCAAAAUUAAAUGAAGGCUGAAGAUUCUGCACUGAUUUAAGCAAAGGAACACAGCAGAGAGGCUGCUUUUCUCUGCUCUGUGCUCUAAAGACACAUUUUUACAGCAGCAACAGACAAAUUCAGAUAAAAGACAUGUGGAAUUCCUUUGUGGCCAACAACAAAAAAAACCUAAAUAAAAUCAGUUAGAGGGAAAAAAAAAAGACUUUAACAGUGAAGUAAAAAGAGUCGCAUUGUUGAGAAAUGUUUGUUUGAUAUAAAAUAUUGGAAUGAUGUAUUGGGCAGCACUAAGCUGCAGCAAAACUCAAGGAAUAAAACAAACAACACAAAAAAA